AUGUCGCGUUUACCACCGAAGGUGCAGCAAGUACUCGAUUUUCUCGUCGCUGAACAAGUCCCGGGCUCCCAGACCUUCCAGUAUCCAGUUUUGGCCAGCACAUCCCUUGACAGACAACAUAUCAAAUUGAGGAAGACGGAAAUCGCUGUACUGUUCAUGGAAAUCAUCAGGCUCUGCUCACUGGAUAUGGAGGUUCCUUUUUGGCUGUGGUACUCAAUUUACCACAUCUGCUGCAACCUUCGCCGUGAUACGCGUGAUCGGAUCGAGCUGUUACCGUUUUCCCCUGAAGUCGCACCCGCCACCGCCCUGCAUACCUUGGAGAAUAAUGGAAUCGGAGAGGUUUUCCGUCCCACAUGCGUCCCUAUAUAUCUCGACCACUACCCUCUGCGUGGAGUUUUGACCAUGUUGCGAAAAUGCUAUGAGCAGUAA